AUGCACUUUGUCAGCUGCCUUGCCGGCCACUCAACCUCGCCUCUGGACACUGACGAGGACGGCGACAAGGGCGGUAGACAAGACUCGACACACACGCUCAGCAAGUGGCGGCAAACCCGCAAGAAGGUUCCAGUGCGAGCUCGGCAGAAGAAGGCCAGCGCAACGAGACGCCGAGAAGCACGACCUGGCGAGCGGAAGCAGAUGCCAAUUCGGCCCACCCCCGACGUCCUGGGCUGA